CUUUUGGUUAUCUCUUCUCUUUGCAUGAACUCAAAAUCCACUCAAUCCCAAAAACCCUCUCUCCAUUUCUUUCCCUGAUUAGUGAUUACAGUGUCCCAAUAAAUUUUUUUUCACUCUUUUGCACUUUCUCCCUAACUGGGUCUCUCUAUUUUACCAUGGAUUCUCGGAAUAUGAGGUGGGAAAGGGUCCAGCUCCACCCCAAACACAGCCUGGGAGGAGCUCAACAACAACAACAACAGGUGGGAGAGAUAUCUGGGCCAGGAAAGAGGUGGGGUCACACCUGCAACGCCAUCAAAGGAGGCAGAUUUCUCUAUGUCUUUGGGGGGUAUGGCAGGGAUAACUGCCAGACCAACCAAGUACACGUCUUUGACACUGCUAAUCAGACAUGGAGUCAGCCUCUGAUUAAAGGCAUACCGCCCACUCCAAGGGACAGUCACAGCUGCACCACCGUUGGUGAUAAUCUUUUUGUAUUUGGGGGUACAGAUGGGAUGAAUCCUCUCAAGGAUUUGCAUAUACUAGAUACAUCUUCACGGACAUGGAUAUCUCCAAGUUUAAGAGGUGAUGGACCAGAGGCAAGGGAGGGUCAUACUGCAGCCCUUGUUGGUAAACGUCUAUUCGUAUUUGGUGGCUGUGGGAAGUCUGCAGAUAACAAUGAUGAAAUAUACUACAAUGAUCUUUACGUUUUGAAUACAGAGACAUUUGUGUGGAAACGCGCUGCGACCUCAGGCACUCCACCAUCUCCUCGCGAUAGCCACACUUGCUCAUCUUGGAAGAACAAUAUCAUUGUUAUUGGUGGUGAAGAUGCCCAUGAUUAUUAUUUGUCUGACGUCCAUGUUCUUGAUACAGAUACUCUGAUUUGGAGGGAGCUGAGCACUUCAGGCCAUCUGUUGGCCCCCCGAGCUGGUCAUGCGACUGUUGCUUUUGGCAAAAACUUGUUUGUUUUUGGGGGAUUUACAGAUGCUCAAAAUCUUUACAAUGACCUUUAUGUGCUUGAUGUUGAUACUGGUGCAUGGACUAAGGUGAUCACUACAGGUGAUGGACCUUCUGCUAGAUUUUCUGUGGCUGGUGACUGUUUGGAUCCAGUGAAGGGUGGUGUCCUUGUGUUUAUAGGUGGUUGCAAUAAGAGUCUUGAGGCUCUGGAUGACAUGUAUUACUUAUACACAGGACUUACCAGGGAAAAAGAAUGGAGGCUAGAUAAGUUAUCUCUGAGGAAGCAAUUGAAACUAAAGUGUCAGGAGCAAAAUCUCACUCAUGCAAAUGACAAAGCGCUGGUAAGGAUUGGGGGGGAUGCUGAGAUAUGCCAACCUAUCUUCUUGCCUAGUUAUGGCCAACCAGGCAAACAAGAUUUCCCAUGGCAUCAAUCCCAAUCUCUUCAAGGAAAGAAGACAUUUCAAGCCAAGGUUACUGAAAACAUACCAGUUGGAUAUACUAUUGAAACUGUCAUUGAUGGAAAGCCUCUUCGUGGAAUAUUGUUUUCCAACAAGUCAAACUCUUACCAUAUAGCUAAUUAUAAUUUAAGUAGUUCUCAAAUCAGGAAGAGGGCUGCUGGGGAAGUUGGUGUUAUUUCAAAUGGAGAUUGCAACAGCAAAUCAAAAACUUCAAGAACUUACAAGCAGGAUGUGGUAAAUCACGGACAGGUAGAUGGUGUUCAUGGAAAGGAUUCUGCAUCACAUGAGCCCACGAAAGAAGCUGCUGCUGUUCCUGUUUUAAAGAAUCCAGCAUCUUCUGAUGCAUCUCAGCCCCCUAAGGUUGAUGUAAGCCCAGAACAGUCGGUGCCUCCCUCUUUGAAUCUGGAAGAUGAUCAAAAAAAUGAUGCACCUAGUUCCAACAAUGAAGUUCCAAGAGAGGAUAAGACAAAUGACAUUCCAAACUGCAAUACUGAAGUUCCGAAAGAGAACACAUCUGCUGCAGCCAACGAUACUGUCACUUCAUUUCCAAGCCAGGAUGACAGGACAGCUGCUACUAGUGAUCCAGCAAAAUGAAUUUGGAACAUUGGUCAAGGUUGACUUCUGAACAUAACCGAAAACACAAAGCACCAGCCAUUUGUACAUUCGUCGUUGCAAGGUGAUCAUAGAUGGAUAUGACAGGUGAUAUACAGAAAUGCUAACUGGAGUGAUCUGCUACCCCUUAACGGUCCAUGAUUUUAAAUGUUUUCAAUCCUAAGAUCAUGAUUAACUGUAGUACGUAGAAGUUUGAGUCUGAGACGGCUGAAUUCUUAAUUUACUUCGGAAAAAAGGAAAAAAAGGAAAAAAAAGGUUGCUAAUUAUAAGUUGGUAACUACUAUGGGUAUCUUCUUUGCAGCAAAAGAAUCAAUGGCUUUGCAGCAAUGCACAUACUUGUGCUGGCUCCAUCUUUUCCAUGAGAUGUCAAAAUACCUUCAAUUACUCUAAAUGUUUUCUUCCAAUCUACCAAAUCUGUUUUUGAUAGAAAUUAGUUCCUGCAAAAUUUUCUGGAGAAGUUUUUUGGAGGCUCAUUAUUAUUUUUGUAUUACAUUGGAGCUUUUUGAGAAAGUUGUCUACUCUUCAAGCUUCACAGGAAAAUACAUCUUUGUGACUGGUUUAUUUUUACUUCUGUAAAGGUAAUUCUGCAUCAGUAAGUCAUGGUUUCUAUUAGCUUCAGUAUCUUCAAUAGGAGAUGAAAGUAACAGUCAAAAGAUUACUUCUCUUAUAUAAAUGACCUCCCUUUGACAA